AUGCCUCCGAAGAAGAGAAAAUUAGGUAGUUCAAAAGUAAGUGUUACCGAUUCGACUCAAGUAGAUGAUGAAAAUUCAUUCAAGUCAGAACCCUUAGCCUUAUCCGAUUCAGGUAUAAGUUCAUCAACAUCAUCUAAUUCAAAUUCAGUUAUAGUAGGAAUAUCACGAUCAAUUUCUGCUUGUCAAAGGUGUCGAGCAAAGAAGAUUAAAUGUGAUCAACGAUUUCCUAAAUGUUCUAAAUGUGAAAAACAUGGUGUAGAAUGUAUUGGAUUAGAUCCUGUAACUGGACGUGAAGUACCACGAUCUUAUGUUGUACAUUUAGAACAACGAGUUAAACAUCUUGAACAAAAAUUAAAAGAACAUGGAAUUGAAGUAGGAGUAUCAGAACAAAUUGGAAUUGAACAACCUCAAGAAACUAAGAAUUCACCCAGUUCCUUAGAAUCUGAAAAAUUAUCAAAAUUAAAUAAUGGAGAUUCUAUAAAAUUAGAAUCUUCAUUAGAUGGUCCAACAACCAUAUCAUUUUCAAGAUUAAUGUCUACUGCAUUUAAAGUUCAAAAGAAAUCAAUAACUAAUAUUCAAAAUCCUAUUGCAUCACGAAGAUUUUCUAAUAAUUCAGUUGCAUCAACUACAGUUAAUAUAAAUUUAUUACCAGCUAUAUUACCUCCUAAAAUUACAGCAUUACAAUUUAUUCUGAUCUUUUUUGCUCAAGCUAAUAGUCAAUUACCAAUCUUACAUAGAGAAGAAUUUAUUAAAGAAUAUUUCAUUCCAAUCUAUGGAAGUUUUGAUGAUCCUUCAAUAUCAUUAGCUAAUGAUAAUACUGAAAUUAAUAAAGAUUUCUUUACUAAUGAUGAAAAUAAUAAUAAUAAUAAUAAUAAUAAUAAUAAUAAUAAUGAUAAUAAUAAUGAUAAUAAUAAUGAUAAUGAUAAUGAAUUACCAUGGUUUGAAAAAUAUAAACAAGAAUUCCAAGCAUUAUUAGGAAAUAGUAAUGCAAAUAUAUCAAAUGAUGAAAUAAAGACUAUUUCAAAUAGUAUUAUUCCUCCAAAAAAGUAUAGAAAGGGAUUAUAUUUUCUAAAUUUAAUAUUUGCUAUUGCAUCAUCAGUAAAUCAUUUACAAUAUCCUAUAACUAUUUCAGAUUCUUUUAGAUUGGCUGCUAAUAAACAUUUUGAUGAAGUUUAUGGUUCAUCUGAUCAAUUAGAAUCAUUACAAGGAGUUUUAUUAUAUGCUUUAUAUUCAACUAUGAGACCAACUAAUCCUGGAGUUUGGUAUAUUCUUGGAUCAGCAUUAAGAAUGUGUGUUGAUUUAGAUUUACAUAAUGAAUUAAAUACAAGUACGGCAAAUUAUGUUGAUUCAUUUACUAAGGAUAAAAGAAGAAGAUUAUUUUGGUGUUCAUAUUGUCUUGAUAGACAAAUUUGUUUUUAUUUAGAUCGACCAGUAGGAAUACCAGAUGAAAGUAUUAAUACUCCAUUUUUAUCCCUGUUAGAUGAUUCUUUUAUUGUUCCAAAUAAUAUAGGUAUUUCUGAUUAUUCAACUGUUUCAACCGAUGCUCCAACAUAUAAAGUAAUAUUUUUAUCAAUAAUUAAAAUUAGACAAAUUCAAUCAGAAGUUCAAAGAGUACUUUAUACUAAUUAUUCAUUAUCAGGAAAAUAUAAAUCACUUAAUGAUUGGAAAAAUUUAAUGUUAAGUAAAUUAUCUUCUUGGAAACUGAAUAGUCCUACAUCUCCUAAUGAAAUGAAUUGUGAUUUUAAUUUAGAAUUCUUUAGAUUAAAUUAUCAUCAUACAUUAUUAAUGAUUCAUGGAUUAUCACCUAAAAAUUAUAAAUUAACUACAUCUGAUUAUUUACAAGUAUAUAAAUCAGCUCAAGAAGUAAUGGAUUGUUAUUCUAAAUUAUAUCAAACUAAAUGUAUAAAUUAUACAUGGGCAGCUGUUCAUAAUUUAUUUAUGGCAGGAACAUCAUAUUUAUAUACUAUUUAUAAUAAUGAAGAAGUUAGACAAUUAACUAAUUUAAAUGAAAUGAAACGUGUUACAUCUGAAUGUUUAAGAGUAUUUAAUUCAUUAGUUGAUAGAUGUGAUGCAGCAACCAAUUGUAUUGAAAUAUUUCAAAAUUUAACU